AUGUCUCAAGCCCAGGACCAGUACCCCAAGCACCAGCCGGCCUUGGCUGAGAAGCUGGCCGCAGUCCGUGAUGUUCUCCAGAAAUCCAUCUCUCCAAUCCCUCUCUACCCUGGACCGACCCCUGGCGGCGCUGGCCAGGAGGCUGAGCCGACCAAUCUUGUCCAAGACGUCAAGAACCUCGGAUUCGAGGACUUCGACACACUAGCCGACUUCCUCGGCUCCGCUGUCAAAGGACAGAUCAACGACAACGACUUGCUCUUGGAGCGUCUAAUCGAGCUCUUUGCCAAGCUGCCCUCUGGCACAGUCAAGGGUAAGAAGCUGGAAUAUGGCCUCAUCAACCAGCUGUGGAACGGGAUCGAUCACCCGCCUAUGACGACGCUGGCCGAUGAGUACAAGUAUCGUGCCGCGGAUGGCUCCAACAACAACAUCCACAGCCCGAAGAUGGGCGCCGCAGGUACGGCGUAUGCCCGGUCAACGCCGGCCAUCACCUACCAGACUCCCAGCCAGCCGGAGCCCAGCCUCAUCUUCGAUAUGCUCUUCGCCAGAGGCGAUGAGUUUAAGCCCCACCCCAACAAGCUCUCAAGCGUCCUCUUUUAUUUCGCCACCAUCAUUACUCACGACAUCUUUCAGACUGAUGGACAGUCAAGCAACAUCAACCAGACCUCAUCGUAUCUGGACCUUGCUCCCCUCUAUGGUCGCAACCAGAAGGAGCAAGAUGAUGUCAGGACAAAACUAGACGGGAGACUGAAGCCUGACUCAUUCUCCUCCAAGAGAGUCCUCGGCUUUCCUCCUGGUGUUGGCGUGCUUCUGAUCAUGUUUAACCGCUUCCACAACUAUGUCGUGACACAGUUAGCCAGCAUCAACGAGAACAACCGCUUCACCAGACCGACAGGCCCUCGGAUGGCCUGGAUCAAGUACGACAAUGACCUCUUCCAAACAGCUCGUCUCAUCACCUGUGGUCUCUAUGUCAGCAUCGUCCUCCGCGACUAUGUCCGCACCAUCUUAAACAUGAAUCGAACGGCCUCCAGCUGGGCUUUGGACCCCCGCACCAAUGAGGGCAAGAGUCUCCUCAGAGCAGAGACUCCAGAGGGCACCGGUAAUCAAGUGUCGGUGGAAUUCAACCUCAUCUACAGAUGGCACUGUGCCAUCUCCCCCAAAGACGACAAGUGGACACAGGAGACGUUCGCCAAGGUACUAAAAGAUCCAGAGGACCCUAACAAGAAGAUUGAAGACUUCACUCUAAAGGAUUUUGGCCACGCCAUACGGGAUUGGGAGCUGCGCAUUCCCAACGACCCAGUCGAGCGUGGUUUUGCCGAUCUCAGACGGGGCAAGGAUGGCUCCUUCCGCGAAGAAGACCUGGCCCGGAUAUUCAAGGAGAGUGUAGAGGAUGUGGCCGGCUCCUACGGCGCCAAUAGAAUCCCGGAGAUCAUGAAGCCUAUUGAACUCCUUGGCAUCAUCAACGCCCGGAAGUGGAAUGUUGCCACGCUCAAUGAGUUCCGGAAGCACUCCGGCCUCACCCCGCACCCAACAUUCGAGGAUAUCAACCCGGACCCCGAGGUCGUCAAGAAGCUCAGAUACCUUUACGGCACUCCCGACCAGGUUGAGCUGUACCCGGGAUUGGUCUCCGAGAAGGCCAAGCCGGCCAUGGCCCCGGGUAGUGGUUUGUGUGGCAACUUUACCAUGACCCGGGCUAUCCUCUCAGAUGCCGUUGCCCUAGUCCGUGGCGAUCGCUUCUACACGAUUGACUACACUCCAAAGAAUCUCACUAACUGGGGAUUCAACCAGACCAGCCACGACCCUAACGUCGACCAGAGCCAUGUCUUCUACAAGCUGGUCUAUCGCGCUUUCCCCAACUCGUUCAAGGCGAACAGCAUCUACGCGCACUACCCUCUCACAGUACCUUCGGAAAACAGGAAGAUCCUCGAGAGCAUCGACCGAGCCUAUCUGUACUCUUGGGAUGAGCCAGAAACCAAGGCCAGCAUAAUCCCCAUCUUCUCCCACAAGGCUAUCAGCGAUAUCCUCUACAACCAAGCGGACUUCAAGGUCAUAUGGGGAGAAGCCAUCCGCCAUCUGGUCGCCCAGCCCGGAAAGGACUAUUCAAAGAACUUCUGUUUGUCCGGAGACGGCAAGGCUAACCUGCUGAACCGCACACAGGUCAGGAAAGCCCUGAUCUCUGGUCCGUGGGAGCAGGAGGUUUGGAAGUGGUACACCCACAUGACGCCCAGGCUAUUGGAGCAGCAUAGCUUUGCUAUCCGCAAGGGUGUCAAGGAGGUCGACAUCGUCCGCGAUGUCAUCAACAUGACCAACACACGCUUCAAUGCCGCCCUCUUUUGCUUGCCCAUCAAGAAUGAGGACUCGCCGUGGGGCAUCUACACCGACCAAGAGUUGUACAUGGUUGUUGCCACCCUCUUCCAAUUGGUAUUCCUCAACGCAGACAUUGCCAACAGCUUUAAGCUGCAGACGAUUGCGCGCGAGCUCGCACAGGGUCUCGGAAAGAUCAUGACCCUCGUUGUGCAAACCAUCGCAAAGGCCGGUCUCAUCACAGACAUUGUCGCAAAGAUCAGGGAGGGGGAGGCGUCGCUUCCCACGUUUGGAAACCACCUCAUUGAGCGGCUCAUCGCCGACGGCAAGGACCUUGACGAGGUCAUCUGGGGCACCAUCUUGCCCGUCAUCACCGCCAACGUCACGAACCAGUCGCAGAUUACGGCCAUGUGCAUCGACUAUUACCUCGGCGAGGGCAAGCAGUAUCUGGGCGACUUGUACCACCUGGCUCACCAGAACACGCCCGAGGCAGACGAGAAGUUGAUGAAGUACAUGCUCGAGGGAUGCAGACUUCGCGCCGCCGUCGCCGUGUACCGUGAGGCCGCCACCGACCAGGUCAUCACCGACUAUGCCCCCUGUCUGCUUGACCCUAACGACCCUACUUCGCGCAAGCCCGUCGUCAACGACGACAUCGAGGGCACCAAGUACGAGGUUAAGAUCCCCAAGGGCCAGCGCGUGAUCUGCAACCUCAUGACCGCAGGCCGCGACCCGACCAUCUUCGAAUCUCCCAGCGAGGUGCGCCUCGACAGGCCCCUCGAGUCAUAUGUACACUUUGGCCUUGGGCCGCACUGGUGCGCUGGCAAGGAGAUUAGUCGCGUCGCGCAGACGAGCCUCUUCAAGCAGAUUGUCGGUCUGAAGAACUUGAGGAGAGCCGAGGGCGAGAGGGGAAAUAUCAAGAACAUGCCUGCUGGCGCCUGGAAGGGCCAGGUUGGCCUUCCCGUCGGCUCACAGAACGGUGUCGGCAAGAGUCACGAGCCUUGGCUUGGUCUGAGGGCGUUCAUGACGGCCGACCAGAGCUCGUUCUGGCCGGUGCCGACGACAAUGAAGGUCGAGUGGGACGAGUAG